AAUGAGGCGGGGCGGCGACACGCUUGACACAAGGCAAGGUUGGAGAAGUGCUACUGAAUGAAAAGCUAAUGGAGGAAACUGAGAUAUUAGUGUCUAAAGUGUGGAAGAAGAGGAAACAAGAGCGGGAGAAUAAAAACUAAAGUAAAAAAACAGACGGACAUUUGGGAGGGCUAAGAGAAAACUAGAUUCCUGUUGAACCGAACAGGGGACAGGCUGAGGUGACCGUGACGCUAAGAACUCCUGAAUACAUGUGUGUGAGAGUAUGUGCUUCAGUGAGGAGAAAGACCACUGGGCCAUGAAACACUGGUGGACGUGGCGUACUGUUACUGCAUUCCUGAAGGCGGAAAAUAAGUGAAAUAAACACAUGACCGUCUGGGCCGCCAAGUAUUAACACCAGCCACAGGACCAGAGAAAACUUCAAUAUUUUCUGAUACUGUCGUCUUCCUGCCAAUACUGUGAGGAUACAACUUGAGACUAGGGAGGAGAGGGACCACAGGAACACUACACAUCAAAGCAACACGCAAUGGUUGGCGGGGGGCGAGACUACACGGACCACCUGCAGGCCAAUGUUCACCUGGGCCUGGCCACUCCCGAGGACGCGGAGGAGACGGUGACGGUGCACGGCGACUACUUGUACUACCACUACGGCUGUGACGGCUUCGAUGACAGGGGAUGGGGCUGCGGCUACAGGACCCUCAUGUCUCUGUGCUCGUGGGUGAGGGGGCAGCGUGGAGGCGGCCAGGGGUCAGCGCCGCCCGCCGUGCCCUCGAACAGACGCAUUCAGGAGCUACUGGUCGAGGUGGGGGACAAGGAGACAAGCUUCGUGGGUUCAAGACAGUGGAUUGGUAGUGUGGAGGUCUCCUACAUUCUAGACAUUCUUUAUGACGUUCCUUGCAAGAUUCUUCACCUAGGACAAGGGAAGGAGAUCGGGGCGCAGCUGGGGGCCCUGCAGGAGCACUUCAGAGUCAAGGGCGCCCCUGUCAUGAUGGGCGGGGAGACUGACGUGUCAUCCAAGGGCGUGAUGGGUGUUUGCAAGGGUGCCUCGGAAAGCUAUUUGCUGGUGGUGGAUCCACACUUCUGGGGCGAGGUGAGGGAGGCGGGGUCCCUACAGGCGAGCGGGUGGGUGAAAUGGCAGCCUCUCAGUGACUUCCACCAGUCCACCUUCUACAACAUGUGUCUGCCUCAGCUGUCUGCCAAACGAGAAUGAUAAAUAGAGUGUUUUUGUUUGUAUUAUGAA